CCAGCCAAGCACACAGUUAAGGGGCUCCCCGUCAUCAUUGAACAAGGCCCUCGCGGAUAUGGCCUCUGCGAUCCAUCACCAUAAGGCCGUACAGUAUGCCCAACAACUGGAGACGGCGCGGUGUAGCGGCAAUUGGACAGGCAUCGCGGAAUUGGCCCGGAAGUUGCAGAAACAUGAUUCGAAGCGGGUGUGUGUAGCGAGGACUGCGGUUGCGGAAGCGAGUUUGGAGGGGUUGUUGGAGGGAAGUGGGCAUCAGGGGAUUGGGAGUAGUGAGAGUAUUGGGUCGAAGAAGAUUGCGGGGAGGGGGGUGGAGGAGGUUAUUCAGCAAUUGAAGGGCGCGAUGGAGGAGAGUGGGACGGAGACUGAUAAGCAUGAGGCGAGUAUUGUUUUGGCUCAGGCAUAUCUUGCGCUUGGCCAGUACUCCGACGCAGCACGCGCUUGUCAGCAUGAAUUGCUUCUUCAGACUCCUGUCGCGUCACUCUCAGGAUAUCGAAUGGUCUCGGUUAUGAAGUGUUACGGCAUUUACGGUAUGGCGAAAGAGGGACUGGGCGAGGACAGUGUUGCACUGGAGGUCUACACGCGUGCUCUCCAACAUCUUCCAGUAUCGGAGAAGCCAGCAGUGAUGGAGGUCGGCGUGAUGGAGACGAUACUUUACCGGAAAGCACUAUUGACGGAGCGAAUGACGAGAGAGUCUGAACCGGUUAUUCAGUCAUUCGAGCGUUAUCGCGUGUUUGUGGCUACGACAUGCCCCAAAACAUUCCGGUUAAAUCGACGAGCGAAUGUUUAUCGACAUUACUAUCAAUAUCUCUCUGCUAUGUUGCAACAAGAGUAUGCUGAGGAUGAGGAGGCAGAUUCAGAGGUUGUCCCGGCAAGCGCCGCAGCAUCACCAGUGUCCGAAACUUUCCAUUCACCACUUGGACCACCAGCGCCUGUACAACAACCUGCGGUGAACGGAAAUGGGUUUGGUAACGGAGUAUCGCCGCAUCUCGUCCUGAACGAGGUCGUUGCUGGUGGCGAUAGCAACGGCCUCGCAACUUCACACGGCACCGGUACCUACUCACCCACGACAUCUGCCGCGAUGCCCGUAGUCCACCACAUCACCCCGCCAACCCCAACAACCUCUCACCUGCCCCCCACCCGCCCCCGCAUAAAACGCAAAACAACCGUCGCCGCCCAGCAAAUAUACUCCCGCCUCCUCCUCCUGUCCCCAACCUACGAAGACCUCCUCCACAAAACAACCACAUUCCCGCGCGCCGGUUUCACCAAUACCGCACUCCUCUCCUACCUAGACCUAUUGUGCUCGAAUUGGUCGUUGCAUUCAGGGAGCGUGGAGGAGGCGGAGGGUAUUGUGGAGGUGCUUUAUAGAGCUACGGGGAAGACGUUUCAGAGUGUUAGGGUGUUGAGGUGGUUGAGGGUCAUGCUUGAGAGAUUGGGGAGGUGGGAGGAGGGGGCGAGGGCGGUGGAGGCUUAUGUGGAUUUGGUGGAGAAGGGGUUGGAGAGGCAUCCGGAUGCGGUGGCCAUGGGGUUGGGGAGGGUUGAUACAGCGGCUGGUGGGGAGGUAGGGGAGAGGGAGGGGGAGGAUAUGGAUACGAAGGAGGUUAUUGUUGGGACGGUUGCAGAUGGGGCGAGAAUGGUUGGGAAGUAUCUUCAAAAGGGCAAGGAUGCAUUGAUGUAUGCAGAGAAAGCACGGAUGUAUCUCGAGAAGUGGGGGUUGGAGGGGGAUGCGGCGUUAGCGGCGAAGGUGUGGAGGGUAUUAGGUGUUGCGCAUGGGCUGUGGUCUGAACAGACUAUUGAAUCUGAAGAACGUACGGUGCAGCAGCAGAAGGCCAUCCAAGCGUUGCAGCGGUCUCUGGACUACGAGCAGUCUGCUGAGACUUUCUUCCAUAUUUCGUUACAGCUUGCAGUGACGCGUGCUAUACCUGAAGCUAUUACUGCUGUUAAGCAGGCACUUCAUCACGAUAAGCACCUUUUGCCCGCAUGGCACCUCCUCGCUCUUCUCCUCUCUGCACGGAAAGAGAACGAGAAAGCCCUUCGAAUUUGUGAGACUGCCUUCCAGCUUAUGGAUGACACGCAAACCCCGGCGAGUCUGGGCUAUGAAGAGAAGGAAACAUUGUCACAGCUCAAGAUCACGGAGUGUGCGUUGUAUGAAGCCGCGCAUGGUAUCGAGGCUGCUAUCGAGAGGCAGGGUGAACUGUUUGAGUUGUGUGCGAGGAUGUCGAUUACUGGGCCCGUCAAUGUGCAAGACGCUAUGGCUACGGAGUCAUCAUCCCCGCUGAACCCCCCACCGAAGUUAGAGUUGAAUGGGAGUUCGGUAGUGGAUCAGGAUGCGACUGAGCGUGCUUCGCUCAUGAGUUCUCGGAGGUCGAUACGCUCCAUGCUUGGUCGGAAGCGUGAGAAUAAGAACCGGUUAUCGAUGUCGAAUAGCCCGUCGCUGAUGAAGCCGAGUCUCGAUAUUCCGCGACCGCAGACAGCGCCACCGAAGCAUAACGAGGUGAACGAGAAGUUACCUUUGCCGAAUCAGAGCCCGAGCAUUUCGAAUGUUCAGGUUAAUCCCACAUACCCUGGAGAGAAACCUUCACUGCUUGAGACGCACGAGAAAGAGGCAUUAGGGAGGUGUUUGCUGAGUGUUUGGCUCGCAUCGGCUGGGAUGUUUCGUCGUGCGGGUAAGUUCACGGAGGCACAUGCUGCUGUACGGGAAGCGAGACGAAUCAAGAACGAGGAUCCGGAUGCGUUAGCGCAGUUGGGGAUGAUUUAUCAUGAGCAAGGCGAGUAUGAGACGGCAUGUACUGCGUUCGAGAUCGCAACUGCCGUCGAUAUGGAUCAUCCCGUCGCGAAUGCCUGUCUCGCACGAACGCUUCUCGCGCUGUCCCAUGCUGACCAACCAGCCGCACGCGAUCGCGCAGAAGGUUUGUUGGACGUGGUAACGAAACUCCGCGGGUGGGAUAUACCCGAAGCAUGGUUUGAUCUUGCGGAGAUCUAUGAGCAGUUGGAGGAGCAUGAGGAGGCGGAGAGUUGUUUGUGGUACUGUGUUGAUUUGGAGAAUACGAGACCUGUGAGGAGAUGGGAGAGUGUUGUGCCGAGAUGGGUAUGAAAAGGGAAGGAUGGGGUAAGCU